AUGGGAAAUUAGUAAACAUAAUAGGAUCUAAAGGAAGAUAUUUCUGAUUCUAAUUAAAUUGUAACAGUUAAUUUGAGUGGAAUUAAAGAGUUGGAAGCAGAGUUUUUGAAUUUUAUAAAUGAUAAAAAAAGAAGGGAUAGAUGGUAAUCAUGUUUGAAAUAAUUUAAAAUAACUUCUAUGGAAGAUCUCAUCUCUGCUUAUGGAUUAGAUAAGGAGAGUAAGGUUGGAAGACGGUGCAAUGAAGCAGAACAUUUAAUACUCAAUAAUUAUUUUUUGAAAAAAUAGAAAGAAUAUGAAACAACAUUUGAAGAAUAAAAAUUGAUCACUUAGAAUUAUAUCUAAGAUUAUGUAAAAAAUAAUAAGAUCUAAAAUGAUAUUAUAAGAAUUGAGGAUAAGGAAUAUCAUAUAAGAAAUAUAUUAAUUGUAGGAAUAACUGGAUAAGGGAAAACUACUUUUAUAAAUAGCUUUAUUACCUAUCUAAAAGGAUUCAAUACACAUAGAAGUUAUGAAAAUUUUCAUUUUAGAUACUAUAUUGAUAAACCUGAUAACAAAGAUGUAAAAUCUCACACUUAAAGUGUUUAAUCUUAUUAAAUAAUUUAUGAGGACUAUUUAUUCAAUUUAAUUGAUACACCAGGUUUAGGAGACACUGAAGGUUUAGAAAAAGAUUAAAGGAUAGUUGAUGAUAUUGCAAAAUAUCUUUAAUAGAAUCUUCAUGAAAAUAAUUAAAAUCUUCAUGCUGUAUUAAUAAUUUCAUAAUCAUCAACAUAAUAUGAAGUUAUUGAUAAUAAAUUAACACUUUUAUAAACUUCAAUGUUAAGUAUAUUAAAAUUAUUUGGAAAGUAAAUGAGUAAUUUUGCAUAACAUUGUCUCUCUUUUUCAGAUUUUACUGCAGCUAACACUUUAAAUUUUGAAAGUCCAAAUUCUAUAUUUUAUUCAUUAACUGAGUAAUAAUUGUAAUUUAUUCAUGAAUAUUAAAAAAAUGUUCAAGAAUAAUCUAAAUAAUUUGAUGAUUCUAAUUUUGCAACUUAAAUGUAACUAAAUUAAAAAGAUAAUAUGUAUUAAUAAUAUUAUUAAUUUUAAAAUUCUGUAUUUUAACUUAAAAAAUUAGGUUUUAUUGAAAAAAUAUAAAUUAAAAAAAAUGUGGAAAAUUAUUUUUCAAUAACAUAAAGAGUUAAAAAUAGUUUAGGAUUUGAACUUUAAAAUAGUGUUGAAGUUAUUGCAUAAAGAAAAAUAUUAAAGCAAGAAAGAGAUUAAAUUCAUUUGAAAUUAAAGAAUUUGAUUACUAAUAAAAAUAGAAUAAAUGAUAAUAUAAGGAAAAUAUAAAUAUAUCAAAAUAGGAUCUAAGAAUCAUCUAAUUUUGAAUUUUAUGAGUUUGUAACAGAAUGUAAACGAUAAUUCCAACCUCAAGAUGGUAUGUACUUUACAAAUUGUUUAUAAUGUAAUAAAACAUGUUGUGAUAUUUGUCCUAUUAGAAAUGAAUACUUAUCAAAUUGUGUUUAAAUGAUGAAAUCGAAUAAUUAAAUUAUAUGUUAAUCUUGUAAUUGUUAAUUAGAUAAACAUAUUAAUGAAAAAUAUCGAUGGAGUUUUACGACUGAAUAAAUUAAACGAAUAAAUUUAUCUCUUUAAUAAGAGAAUGAAAAUGCAAAAUCUUAAUUUGAUAAACUUAACCAAAUUCUGGUUAAUUUAUAAUAGUCUUUAAAUGAUAUACAAGAGGAUAUCAAAAUAACAUUAAUUUAAAUGAAAAAAUGCUUUGAAUUAUUAUUGUCUUCAGCAUUAUAUACAGUUGAUAUUUAGGAUGAAGAGGCUUAUGAUUUUGUUUUAAGAUUAUAUCCAGAAUAUAAAGAGGCAUUUUCAGAAUUUUAGACUUAAGAAGAUAUGAAAGUUAGUUAAAAAAUUAGAAAAGAUAUUAAAGAAAAAAAGUUAUUAAUUUCAUAAACAUUAUUGAGUAUCAAAACAUAAUAGUUUUAGGAUUAAUCAUUUUCACGAUAUUGA